GGCCCGGCCCCGCCCGCCGCUCCGCCCUCCCGCCGCCCGCCAUUACGCGCCGCUCCGCCCCGGGGGCGAUCGCGGCCUGGUCCCGGCCGCCGCCGCGGCUCCUUCGGCGCGGGGCGGGGGCAGCCAUGGAGGACGCGGAUUACUUCGAAGGCAGCGCGGCCGAGUGGGGCAGCGAGGCGGACGGGGGGGACGGUGAGCGCGGGGCUGCCCGGUGCGCGGCGGGAGCCGGCGGCUCGGCGCGGGCCUGUGGGGCGGAGGGGCCCCGGGGGUGCCGCUUGGGUGCGCGGAGGGGCUGCCGGGCCCUCCCGUUCCGCGGGCGGGGGGCGCCGCGCCCGGGGCUGAGGCGGGAAGCAGCGGGCGGGCCCGGGUUGGCGCCUGGUCCCUGAGGCGCCGCGCGUGCCGGGCAGCGGCGGGCCCGGGGCGAGCUGGGGCCUGCGGGCAAACCCGGCCCAAGUGCGGGGGCGCGGGCGGAGCCGGGCCGGGCGCUGACUCGACUGUGCUUAAGAAUAGCAAGACGAUGAGGAUGGGGAGGGAGAAGAUGAUGCCGAAGUCCAGCAGGAAUGCCUGAAGAAAUUUUCAACCCCUGACUAUAUAAUGGAGCCCUCAAUAUUUAACACGUUAAAGAGGUAUUUCCAAGCAGGAGGUUCUCCAGAGAAUGUUAUCCAGCUCCUCUCUGAAAACUACACUGCAGUGGCACAGACUGUAAAUUUGCUGGCAGAGUGGCUCAUUCAAACAGGUGUUGAGCCAAUGCAAGUUCAGGAGACUGUAGAAAACCAUUUAAAGAGCUUACUUAUCAAGCAUUUUGACCCUCGGAAAGCAGAUUCCAUCUUUACAGAGGAAGGAGAGACUCCAGCGUGGCUUGAGCAGAUGAUAGCACAUACUACAUGGAGAGAUCUCUUUUACAAGUUGGCAGAAGCCCAUCCCGACUGUUUAAUGCUUAAUUUUACUGUGAAGCUUAUAUCUGAUGCUGGAUAUCAAGGGGAAAUAACUAGUGUUUCAACAGCAUGUCAGCAGCUAGAAGUAUUUUCCAGAGUCCUGCGUACAUCUCUGGCAACAAUCUUAGAUGGAGGUGAAGAAAACCUUGAAAAAAACCUCCCUGAGUUUGCUAAGAUGGUGUGCCAUGGAGAACACACAUAUCUUUUUGCUCAAUCUAUGAUGUCCAUAUUAGCUCAAGAAGAGCAAGGAGGGUCGGCUGUCAGGCGGAUUGCUCAGGAGGUUCAGCGAUACGCUCAUGAGAAAGGCCAUGAUGCCAGUCAGAUCACUUUAGCAUUGGGUACUGCAGCCUCCUAUCCUCGAGCAUGUCAGGCUCUUGGUGCGAUGUUGUCUAAAGGAGCUCUGAAUCCAGCAGACAUCACUGUCCUGUUCAAAAUGUUUACAAGCAUGGACCCACCUCCAGUAGAACUGAUUAGAGUACCUGCCUUUCUGGACCUCUUUAUGCAGUCACUGUUUAAACCAGGUGCUAAGAUCAACCAGGACCACAAACAUAAAUACAUUCACAUACUGGCAUAUGCAGCGAGUGUAGUAGAGAUGUGGAAAAAGAACAAGAGGGUCAGCAUAAACAAGGAUGAACUCAAGUCAACUUCAAAAGCCAUUGAAACUGUUCACAAUCUCUGUUGCAAUGAGAACAAAGGAGCAUCGGAGUUGGUUGCAGAACUGAGUACACUCUAUCAGUGCAUCAGGUUCCCGGUGGUGGCAAUGGGUGUAUUAAAGUGGGUUGAUUGGACGGUGUCAGAACCACGGUAUUUCCAGCUGCAGACAGAUCACACUCCAGUUCAUCUGGCAUUAUUGGAUGAGAUUAGUACAUGCCAUCAGCUGCUUCAUCCCCAAGUUCUACAACUUCUCGUCAAGCUCUUCGAAACAGAACAUUCGCAGCUUGAUGUAAUGGAGCAGCUGGAAUUGAAGAAGACUCUCUUGGAUAGAAUGGUGCACUUACUCAGUCGAGGUUAUGUCCUACCUGUUGUCAGCUAUAUCCGCAAAUGCCUGGAGAAGCUGGAUACAGACAUCUCUCUUAUCAGAUACUUUGUUACAGAGGUGCUAGAUGUGAUUGCUCCUCCAUAUACCUCAGACUUUGUACAGCUUUUUCUUCCUAUCUUGGAGAAUGAAAGUAUUGCAGGUACUAUUAAAACAGAAGGUGAACAUGAUCCUGUCACUGAAUUUAUAGCUCAUUGCAAAUCUAACUUUAUUAUGAUGAACUAAACGGUGGAAAAUAUCAAGAAUGCAGACCAUAUGAUCACUACUUUGCCAUGCUCUCCACCAUUAAGGUUCCAUGACUGGGCAACACAGCAGCAAAAAAACCCCAAAACCUCCAACAAAACCCAAAAAAAUCCAAAACAAGGAAGAAGGGGCCAAAGGGCAUUUGUUUGACUUGCAUGGUGACCUUGAGCUUCAUAUCAGAGGACUGUUGAUGUACUUUGGAAAAUGGAAUAAUACUGAAGGGUUUUCUGUUACACAAGUUGGUAUAAAUCUGAAUAUUCUGAAAGCGAUAGCAGGAAAGAAACAGAUUUAUUUCAAAGAAUGUUAUUUUGGUUACUUGCAGAGUUUGUCACUGAUCCUUUGUGUAAUAAAUAAAACCUGAAGAAUACGGAAGGUAGUUCCUACUAAAAACACUUUGCAGUUCUUUGAAGACUAGAUCUCAUGCUCUAGGUUUUGAUGUUGUGAGUUGUGAAAAAGGAGUUUGUGUGUUAGCUCUGUGCUGCAGAGAAGCUGCAAUGCCUCUUUCUUACCUUUGCAUUAUACUAGAGUUCUAAAUGUCCUACGUAUUUACUGCUAUGAAGCAAACUUUGUGUAACAGAAGUGGAUUUGUAACGGUCAAAGUUAGUUUUAUAUUAACAGAUUAAUCCUAUGUGAGUGUGUUAUCUGUCAGAAUCUAUUUUUUUGUUAAAUAGAAGCAUCCAGUGUUACUGGUAAGUUUCAUUACCACGUCAGAAUUCUGCUCUCCAAAAAUAUGAAUAUGUGAAUUAUUUCAUUAUUGCUUGUUGUGCUCGGUUUUUAUACUUCUCUACUCUUUCCUGGUUGAUGCCAAACAGUGGGGGGUACACCCAAGAUUAUAAUUUACCUUUAAAUAAAGGUUUUCUCUUUUCCAGA